CGAAUAACGAUUUUCUUACUCUCGGCAGCAUAGUGCACACUAGAGUGAGGUCUAUGAACUUUCGUUUCCAUUACUAUCAAAAACUUUGCACUAUCAUUGACAUGCACGCACUUAAUAUACCAUCAAACCAUAAAUGAUAUUUAACUUAUAAUUCCUUCGUGCAUACAAAUUUGAUUUACCUACCCACCGCUGAGAACCAGCGCACCACCCCCCACAUACGCUUGUCAUAAAACAAAAAGUCAAUUUGUUUUGCUGUAAUUUGUGGCAUGCGAAAAGUUCGCUAAUAAUAGCAACAAGGAGAACUGCAAAUUUCGCCAGUCAGUUUGUUGAGGAACGCGCUGGAGCACACUACGGGCUCUGCUUCGCUGUUAGUUGUGACCCCCUCAGCAUGAGCGUACGCAUAACGCCACCUAUUGAGGCGAAAAAGGCAGAGGAGGCCGAGGAGACGGCACCGCGUCGCGCCGAAUUGCCUUACAAUUUCGAAAAGGAACUCAUUGAAAAUCAAAACCGCCACUUUUGCGGCCAUUACACAUACGUGCCUUGCAAAUUGGUCGAACCGAUGGCGAAGAAAUUCUACGCGCGACACGAUCAAAACACUUUGGAUUUCGAAAAGUUCACGGAAUUCGUCAAGCAGCGCGGUAGACGACGUGCGCGUGGCAUAUUACCGCAUCUCUCGGGAGAAGUUUACGGCUGGUUGCCGGCAGAAAUGGGCGAGAGUGUGAGGGAGCUGAACUUCAUUUGUGCACCGAAAAUACGCACCGACAUGACCAUACACGGCGAGAGAGUGAUCAGUGAGCGCGUGACUGAGCGACCGCCCUUCAAUGGUUUGCGGUUUAUUGUUUAAAUUUGAUUUUUAUAAGAAAAAGAAAAGAAAUAAAAUUUAUAUUUCUGCUAAUAUCGACCUACCUCACUGCUUUCAUACUCACAUGUAUUUAUGCUUUGUGUAUGUGUGUGCGUGCUUGUGUGGAAUUCGUAAUUGGUUUUGACACGCGAACCUGAGCAGCCACAGCAACCGCAUUUAUUAUUAUUAGAUAGUCCUUAUUAACCAACGAUAUUUGUUGUUUUUGUUGUUGUUAUAUAUGUA